AUGAGCGAUAUCGACAAUCUCCCCCCAUCUCCUGUCAACCCCUUUUUGCCUUGGCCGCCAAUUCGACGGUUCGCUACCUCGGCCAUCCGACAUGGCAUACUGCUUAAUUUGAAUCCUGGCGAAGCAUCCAUCAUCGUGGUAAACGAUGCUGCGUACAGUGAGCCCACACUGACUGUCGCCCUGCCCAGAUUUCGUCGCCGAACGUCCCCGAACGGUGUACCCAACGACAACUAUCACGCAAAAGCAAAAAAGCAAAUAUACAUUGCGGCAUCCCUCGCCAUCACCCCGACGCCGUCAAGAGGCAGAAACUGCCCGACAUCUGGCACCCCCACAACAUUUCGCCUGUCCGUCCACUGUAUUCGCUCAAAGACGGCCGUCGCGGUGCAUGACCACCACGACAAAGACAUCUCCCUCUCGUACAUACAGGUUUCGCUCGAAAGUAGAAUUUUGGACGUCGGGAGCGGCGAUGCACAGUACAACGUACCAUCGUUGCGCACGACCACCACCACAAAGACAUCUCUCAUAUCAUCAUCCCGCGCCGCCCUUCGCCGUCGGUUGCUUGACUCGCGCCGACUCGCCGUAUCUCAUUCGCGUCUGCCUGACCGUCGUAUCCAUUGCACCCUAGACGACAUCGGAAUAACGCAGACUUCGCAGACUCCACAUCCACGCGCACAGGAACACCCAGGACAAUACACCGACUUGAUGCCCAGCGUUAUCUCAGCGAACGGUGGAAUUGUGUAUUCGGGGAAGCGUGAAGGUGUGGAAUGGGGCAACCGUGGAAGUCGCAGCGAGUUCGAAACGCAGCAAACACAGAAGCGGAUAAGCGGGUGCGCCGGAGGUACGUCGGUGUGCAUAGAGAGGCGAAGGCGCCCACCUCGCGCGCGCAAUGCUGGCGUUCAUGGGGGUCUCGUCGACAGAUUAUUGCGCCACCUUCAGCUUGCACUCUCCUGCAUCUUCGUCCCUCCAGUGUUGUCGCCGUCAUCAACCUCGUCGUUCACUUACCUCCUCCAUCCAUCGUCGUCGUCGGCAAACAACGCCGAGAUGCAGUGCUCGCCUCCCUCUUCCGUCGUCAUCGCCGUCGUCCAACACUGUUCAAUGGGGAACUUGGUGUACCUGAUCAUGAAACCCGACGAUGGCUACAUCAGCGUGAAUGCCCGUCGACGCGAUGGGCAUACCGCCGCCGUUCAACCACUGUGUAUGUGCCCGUCGCCUAGCCGAUUGGGUGUUAUGCAAUGGCUCCAGCGCAUGUGUCGUGUCGUGUCUCCUCUCUGCGACAUGAGCAGUAUUGGAGGUGCGCUUUCGUUCGCUGCGGUUCGGCGUUCCUUUCGCGUUCGCUUCCCUUUGUCUUCGCGAUCGUGA